AUGUCGUUAUCAUCCUCAUCUCAGACGUCAACAUCUUCCAGAAAGUCAGCAGAAGUUUCAGACAUCAGAGGUAGAGGCAGGAAGUCUGGAAGAGCAACUCCCACCAUCAGUGACAAUAUCAGUGAGAAGGCAGGAAGUAGUCAGAAUUCUGCUAGUGAGCAUGAUAAAAGUAGCCAGGUUUCUGCUUCAGAUAAGACUAAAUUUAGCCAGAAGAAAAAGGAUGAAGGUAGCCAGAAUUCAGCAAACUUGAAGAGAAGAAAGACAGCAGACAACAAGCUUAGCCAAGAAAGCCAAACUAACACACACACAGAACAAACUGAGGAACAGACAUCUACACCUCGUGCCAAGAAGUCGAAGCAGAUGCCAACUGUCAGGACACCGACAGGCAGAGUUCACACGGAGACAGCUGACAGUCCCCUUUUACGCAAAUCAACUGCCAGCUCCAAGCCCCGUGUAAUGUUUACAGGCUAUCUCGAUAAACAGGGGGAAAAGAUCGUUCGAGAUUUGGGAGGGGAGUUGGUCACUAGCGUCCAGGAGUGUAGUCACUUGGUUACAGACCGG